AUGUCUGAUCACGUAGCCCACGCUCUCGCUGGUGUCGGCGGAGGAGUCGUUUCACUGUUCUUGACAUACCCAUUGGUUACUAUAAGUCAACGACUACAAGUACAAAAAGACUCAAACAGUAAAAGAGCAUAUAAAAACGGACGACAUGCACUUCGCAAGAUUUACAAAGACGAAGGCGUCCGUGGAUUAUACUCCGGUCUUAAUUCAGCCGUUUUCGGCAUUGCGCUAACGAAUGGCACAUAUUAUUACUUUUACGAAUGGACCAAGGACAGAUUCAAGAAGCUUUCAAAAACAAACAGACCGAUUAACGUAUUUGAAUCAAUGGCUGCUAGUGCAGUAGCUGGUGCUUUUACUGUAUUGAUUACUAACCCUGUUUGGGUCGUCAAUACGAGAAUGACAACUCGCAAGGAUUCCCUGGAUGCUGAUCCCUCAACCUCAUCAUCGGCCGCCAAAUCAAGACCAGCUGGAACCAUUGAAACCGUAUUGAGAAUUCUUCACCAUGACGGUGUCUCGGCAUUCUGGCAGGGGGUUGUUCCGGCUUUGAUCCUGGUUAUAAACCCCAUCAUUCAGUAUACCGUAUUUGAACAGUUGAGGACAUAUUGGAGAAAAUUUAAGAAAUUAGGAAAUUUUGACUUUUUCUUAUUGGGAGCUAUUAGCAAAUUGGCUGCAACUGGAUUGACGUACCCUUAUAUUGUCGUUAAAUCUCGCAUGCAAUUACGACAAGACGAUGCGACUGUCCGGUAUAGGUCUACUUUACAUGGACUACGUGAAAUCUAUAUUCACGAAGGCAUUUCUGGACUAUAUAAAGGCAUUACAUCCAAACUUCUUCAAUCAGUAUUGACAGCCGCAUUCUUGUUCAUGUGCAAGGAGGCUUUAUUCGAGUUUACCGUUAGUCUUCUCACAAAGAUUCGAGCAAGGAAAAUUACUAAUUAA